AACCGAUUCCAUCCUGCUGCAGCAUCAACUCGCCCUCGUCGACCGCCAAUCCCCCCACCAUGCCUCGAUCAAUAAACUUACGACAGCCACUAUCUCUACUUUCCCUAUGCCUGUUUAGCGUAUUUCUAGUCCCCGUCUCUGCGGGCUCCGCGUUCUGCAAAUGCACAUGUUUCUCAAACUCGACGCUCGUGCGCAUGCCCGACGACGCGCAGCCGGGAUGCUCGGAUUGCACGCGCAAGUUCUGCUUGGAUUAUAAUCUGCCGAUCUGCAAGGACGCGUCGGAGGAUACGGACGUUAACGCGACAUGCUAUCAGCGCGACUCGGCAAAGGACGAGGCUGUUGUUAUUUUGUUUAUCAUUGUUGCCGGUGGAUUGAUAGCAAGCGCAUUGCUGAAGCGUGCAAAGGCUCGUUAUUUUGAUCGCCGAUAAUAUUCAGUCUUUUCGAUACUCGAGACUUUUUCCGUGAAGCAUGCUGUAGAAUUUAACGAAAUUUUAACGAGAUUUACGACAACCAGGUUUCUCAUCGUGCAUUUUCUUGACCCGGGCACGCCUCCGAAUCAGACCGUUUACGUCUGCUGUAAUAUAGUGAGAUGCGAUUGUCUACAAAGUCAAUCAAUUACAAUAUGAAAAAUCUCGUCGGGAAGCAAAUCGGGGGAGGUUUAAAGAUGAGAGCUGGUGAACACAUAUAUCUGCAGCCGGUCACAAAAUGAUCUGUGAUAGAAAUCACCUACAUUCAGCCAUUGGGCGCAAUCUGGAUAAAAUGUACAAUUAAGCAAAAUCUAAAAGAAUAAAAGAGUGAAAGAACAAGACUCGAUAUUUAAAGACUGUAGG